CCAUACUGAAAGUUGCUCACGACCAGCUCCAUUGAGCGAGCAACUUCCUCCUUGCACUUUGGAGGAGGCUGGCUCCGCCUCCCAGCCGGCGGGCGCAGCGCUGCUCACGCGGAAUCGAAAGAGCGGGUUUGAUUGGCUACUGGGCAGCAAAGGGAGCUGCUAUUGGACAGCGGCGUCCGGGCGGAGGCGGGCGGCGAUGGCAGCGUGGAGGUGAGCGGAAGCCCAGGCGCGGGCCGGGCUGGCGGCGGGCAGGAGGAGCCGGGGGCCGGGCGGUGUCGCUGGGGUGUGUUGUGGGAGGCGGGCGACGUACCGAAGGCCGGAAGGGAAGGGAGGGGAGUCUGGAAAAAUGAUGAGCAUCUCCAGAUGGUCCCAAUCUGUUGUCAUUUUUCCUGCUAGUAUGGGGGGUGGGGCGUGUCAUUUUAGGGGCAGAAACUUAAUUUUUGCAAUUUUUUUUCAGUGGGGGGGGGUCCUUAAAAAUACAUUUUCGGAUGUGAGGAAUUAAGACCUGUUAUUUCUGUGAUCGGGCAACAUUUCGCUUCCUAAGAGAGUACGCUUGGUGAAGCACAUAAACUGCUUUGGGGAAACCCAAGAGUUUAAAUGUGACCUUCUGAAGCUGUCAGGCAAUGCUAAAUAAUAAUAAAAAUACAUAAUUUAAAUGAUAUUAAUAUAACGGGCAAGUACUUGGUAAUAUGCUGCUUGCCAAGCAAAACUGAGUUGUAUUAAUUUAACCAAUCCUUUUGAAUUCCCAUGUCAUGUUAAAACUUUAUUUAGCACCCCUCAUUUUGGGAAUUGAAAGGUGGAAAAUUCAGCACACCCUUUUGUGUGCACUCAGACAGUGGCUCAUUCUGCCCAGAGCCACCCACCCACAGUUCCUGAUCUGCAGCUGUUUAUUUCAUGCUGAAGUUCACUGCGCAUUGAACUCCUUGGAAUUUAUUUCUUGGGAAAUGGGAACAAGGCUGCAAAAGCUUUUAUUAGGCCAGCCAAAAAAGUAUGCAGGCCUUCUGAGUUCUUAAGAGCUCUAAUAUGGGGUAAGUGGUAAGCAGAACAAUAACCUGAAGGAAGGAAGUGGGAUUUGAACAUACCCACACUCCAAAACGCGGGUGGUGCUGUGGGUUAAACCAGAGAGCCUAGGGCUUGCCGAUCAGAAGGCUAGUGGUUCGAAUCCCCACGACGGGGUGAGCUCCUGUUCGGUCCCUGCUCCUGCCAACCUAGCAGUCCGAAAGCACAUCAAAGUGCAAGUAGAUAAAUAGGUGCCGCUCUGGCGGGAAGGUAAACGGCGUUUCCGUGUGCUGCUCUGGUUCGCCAGAAGUGGCUUAGUCAUGCUGGCCACAUGACCUGGAAGCUGUACGCCGGCUCCCUUGGCCAAUAAAGUGAGAUGAGCGCCGCAACCCCAGAGUUGGCCACGACUGGACCUAAUGGUCAGAGGUUCCUUUACCCUUUACUUUUUCCUUUACCUUACACUCCAAAUAUCACCCCAAAUCAAAUGCCUAUAUCUCCAGGAAGCCUCUGUGUCCCCUAUAAGUGGUUGUAUGCCAAUAAUCUAGUUUAAAACAAUUUUGUGUGCAACUCACUGUAAAGUGUGAUGCCCUCCUCUUACCCUGCACGUAUUGAAAAGGAAUGAGGUGACUAGCUGUGCUCCCUCACCCUGACAAUUACCAUUGGACCACCCCAAAUCAUUUAUUUUUAAUCAUACAAAGAAGCUGCUGCACACUGCUUCCCGUUCAAAAUAUCCACUUGUGCACAAGGCAUUGUAUUUACUUAUUCAGGAUUCAUUUGCAUUUCUGAACUGAGUAAGAAAUUGGGAAUUAUAAUGGAAAACCUAAGAAUAAUCUUUAAUUUUGUUCUUGUCCCUUACUCCCAAUUUCUGACGGGCUUUGCAGGCUGAGUCCUGGUUAAAAUGAAAGCAAAUUAAUAACUUUCACAAUUGAAUCUUGUUGAGGGGGAGAAACUAUAGACAGUGCAUUUGUAAACAUGUUUACUUGGAAGUAGGACCCAUUGAACCAUGGUAGGCAUGUUUAGGACUACAGUCAGAAUUCGUUUGUUUCUAUGAUCAUAGCUGAAUUUCUAUGAACAGUUACUUCUGCUUAACUGUAUUCAUUUAGCAUUUGCACGUAGCCCUGUGCCAUGGUUAAUAGUCGCAAGCGAAACUUAGAGCCUCAUCAACCAAAAAUCUUAAAUAUGCCUGUCAGAGGCAGGUUCCCAACCUUGUUCCUGAAGGAACUUCCUUCUGAAGCAAUUAUCCUGUAGGAGGCCAGAACUAAUUUGUGGGUUGCUAGUUGGAAAUUACAGGCAUACUUCAAAGCUGAGGCUUAAUAAAUGUUUUAAAGUAGUAAAUAUUAAAAGUAAUGAGAUUGUUCUACAGGUUGUAUUCAAGUGUAUAUGUAUAAACAACACUGUUACAAUGUGCUUGCUUGUCCUUUUAGGAUAUAAAACUCUGCAUUUUUGUUUAUGGAGCUUAAGCAUACUUACUUGCAAUUAAAUCUUACCAGUUUUAAUAUGACAUUUUUAGGUAAAUAGUUGAGGUUGGAUUGGUCUUGUGCAUGUAAUAUUUGAAACUAUUCUGUAUCUUAAUGCUAUUUCUGCACUGAUGAAGUAUUUGUGUUCUGUAAGUCUCGGUUUUCUUCCACCUGCAGAGAGAUUGAAUUCUAAAGAUUAUUUCAUUUUUGUUUUAUUUUAGACAUUUAUAUGCUGCUUAAUGAUUUGCAUUUCUAAGCAGUGUGCAUAAAAACAAUCCACAGAAAGUGGGAUGAUAAAACAACAACAAUUCAUAACAGAACAAAACACUACCUUAAUAUUCCCUCUGGGGCAAGAAAGUCUCAGUCAUGUGCCUUAGUCAAGUUCAGCAAGGAGGGUGCCUGUCUAAUCUCAGUUAGGGAGUUCCACAAGCUUGCCCCCACUACGCUGAAUGAAAGAUUAAGACCUAUCCAAUGAGCACUGUAAAAUAAAAUAUAGAUUUUAUGGAAAACGUGUGGCUCGCUUGUUCCCAAGCUGAAUUUAAGAUUCAUUUAGUAAAACUGAGUAUUUAUUUUUUCCCUUCUUUCUUUUCUCCCUUGAGCACAAUGCGUGUGUGCUGGCUUGUGAGCAAAGAUAGAGCCUGUCAGCGAAUUAAACUGCCACAUUUAGAAAUGGUGAUGCUAGGGCGUGGGCCCGAAACGGAGAUAACAGACAAGAAGUGUUCCCGAAGACAAGGUAAAGUGGAGAUGAAGGUUGCAAUCCUAAACAUACUAGGGAGUAACUCCCGCUAAACUCAGUAGUCCUCACUCCUGAGUAAAAAUGCUUAGGAUUGAUUUCUUUUGGUGAAGCGUCAUAAGUUAUUUGAAGCUAAAUAGUUUGCAGGGGGUGCUGCUAUAGGGCUAAAGGAGAGGCUAAAAGACCGAGAGCUUCCACUAAACUUCCUAGGGCUGCGGUCCUAACCCCCACGUGCAAAAUGUUAAGACUUAUUUCAUAGUAGGCACAGUUAGGAUUGUGCUGUUGGUAAUACAGUCCUACCUUGGAUCCCGAACGCCUUGGAUGUUUUGGCUCCCGAAUGCCGCAAACCUGGAAGUGAGUGUUUGUGAACGUUCUUUGGAACCUGAACGUCCGACGGGGCUUCCGCGGCGUCCGAUUGGCUGCAGGAACUUCCUGCAACCAAUCGGAAGCCGCACUUUUGUUUCUGAAUGUUUUGGAAGUCGAAAGGACUUCCGGAACGGAUUCCGUCCGACUUCCAAGGUACAGCUGCAUUAGGAAGGUGACACAGCCCUCUGUUUGCCACAUCAGAAUGAGAAAACCAACAUGGAUCACCACAAGAAAUACUUUGAACACUCUGAAGAACUAAUGCUAAGUAAUAUUAAAACCUCCAAAAUUCUCUACAUUUCGCAGAACAAAAUAGAAGCACGGGAAGUUGCUUUAUAUAAAAAGACUAAGAGGCAGAGGUGCUGGACUUCCCCUUUCCACCGACUGCACCUGAUUUGGCACACAGAGUUGGUGGAGAAGUCAAUUCGUCACAACAAGCUUGUAGAGUCGCAGUGCCAGGCCAACUUACAAAAAUAUGGUUCCUGUACGUGUCUUGCAGAAAUAAAAUAUUAGCUGUGACUCCUGCAAUGCAGGGGUUGGGCUAGAUAACUCUUCCAACUGUGAAAUUUUAUGAGUCAGACCAUGAACCCAUUUAGCUCAGUAAUAUCUACAUAGACUAGCAGUGACUCCGGAAUUUCACUGGUUUCUCCCAACCCUAUGUGUAGACGUUGGGGAUUGAACCUGGGAAAUGAGGUGCCAGAACUCAUAUGUUGAUAAAAGUGCCAUGGGCAGAAAAACAAACAGACACAAAAGGAGAGAGAUGCCAAUACUCUAUACCAGUAAAUGAUGUCAUAAAAAUGCACUGCUUAUAAUACACCUGUUCUCUAUAAGUUUAGAUUCCCACCUGCACGUUGCAAAAAGGUCUUUCCUUUUUUGAACAUCAUAUUAAUUUAUAGCCUGCAAUUGUCUGCCUUGCAUUGGCUCUUCGCACAGGAUGUAUUAGCAAACCUGUGCUAUAAAAUGCAAGUAAGUCGAGAGAAUGCUUGAUCUGGUUGCCUUUGUUACAGAGCAACACAAUCAGUUCACCAACAUUUACUGUCUGGAUUGAUAUGGGAAGCAGCACACUGACAUUUUGCACCCAUAACUUCUAGAGAGGGCGGGCUGGAGCUGAAAUCUGAAGUGUGUGUACGCUGAUAAAGUUUGGAAAAGGCAUUUCCCCCCCCCAAAAAAGGCGUAGCAAGAAUGGGUGUUUUGCUGCAACAGGCACUAGACUAUAAGGGCCACCCCCAGUAAAUAGGGAGAGGCGGAGAGAUGGGUUGAAUCCAGCGCCACAUGCCCAGAGUUCCAGGUGUUACUUCCACUUAUCCCUGUGCGCCCUUCAGAAUCUCAAAGCAGGCAAAUCUGCUCUGGAGGGUCCUUCAGUCCUCCGGAACAGAUGUGAAACAGAUGGAGUGAAAGACUGGGCAUCAGUAAAGUGUGAUCGCACUUCGUGGAGUCAUAUACUCCUGAGCUUAAUUUAUUUUCCAGGCUAGUGGAGCAGGCCUUGAUUUUCACGGCUCAUGAAUAAGUUGAUGGACACCUGCCGCUUACUUUCUAAAUUUAGUAAAAUUAAAUUAAGGUGUUUGCUCUUUGGGAUCAACCUGUCCUCCAUCCCCAGUCCUUUCUGGUUAGUAUACCCUUCAGCAUAAAAUGUUGGGGCAUGGGGGGGGAGGCCUAACGUCACUCUCUGUCACUUUUCUUUUCAGUACAGCUAAAAGCAGACUGCAACAAAGGGUAUGUCCAGGUUAAACAGGUAUGUCCUUUCCUUCGCACGCAGGAAUGCUGAGAGUACUUUGUGAAGCUUAAGUGGAAGGGCAGAAAUGCUUGUGCCCUGCGGUUUAUGCCAGUUUCAUCUGCUUUGAAAGCAUAACUUCGCUUUGCACUCAGAAAUCCAAAAGAGCUUUGGGCGGCGCUUUCAGAGGUCAAGGGCUAUCACUGUCCUCGCCAACCUAUGUUUUUGGACUACAACUCCCAUCAUGCUGGCUGGGGCUGAUGGGAAUUGUAGUCCAAAACAUCUGGAGGGGGCACCAGGUGGACGAAGCCUGGUCUAAGCAUUAUAUGUAAUAAGCCCGUCACUGAGUACUUAAUUCCCCCUUUUCUGUCCAUUCCCUCUUUUGCCACAACCCAUGUUGGUGCAUCCCGCUCCGGCGGGAAGGUAAACGGCGUUUCCGUGUGCUGCUCUGGUUCGCCAGAAGUGGCUUAGUCAUGCUGGCCACAUGAUCCGGAAGCUGUACGCCGGCUCCCUCGGCCUAUAGAGCGAGAUGAGCGCGCAACCCUAGAGUCGGUCACGACUGGACCUAAUAGUCAGGGGUCCCUUUUACCCUUUACCUAUGUUGGUGCAUCCUUUGGAAAAAGAAAUGGAAGUGAAAUGAAUAAUGCAAAGCUUGCAAAUAUAGGCUCAUUUCCUGGAUUUCCCUGGUACUGAAGAUAGAUGUGAGAUAUUUUCAGUUGCUACAUAUGGUCCUGCUGAGUGCGGGAAAGGCAGCGUAUCUGCUGCUGAUCAAAGACGUGGCGUUGUUUUCCCCUUUUCCCCUGUGGAAGGUUACUCUUUUGAAUAAAUGCAGCAUUGCAGCGGCUGCAGCUGCGAGUGAAUUAAUUCAACCGUCUUUUCCCAACAAAGUGUAGGAAAAUAAGUGUGUGGGGGGGGGACUUCCAUUACUCAUUGCCCUGUUUCGAAACAAUUUUAUGCCAGGUUUGGAACAGAUUGAACAACUUCACUCACAUUCAACCCAUGUCUUUUAAGUCCCACCUAUUAGCUAAGUUACCUUUAGAAAACUCGGCUGUUUCCGCCUUCGGAAACUGACCUCUUUGUCAGCCUAGACUUCUCUGCCAUUCUCACAGCUGUGGCGGGUCAUUGCCUAGGCAACCAUAGUGGCAAGCAGCCAUAUGGUACUUGACCUGAAGGAAGGAGACCUGGGAAAAAUGGAAGCCGCUUCUUUCUGGCUACAGGAAAAGGGUGGCCUGCGAGGGACUGCUAGCAUAAUUUUCCUUGUGUUUUGUUUGGGUCUGACUAAAGGUUGAUAAGGCAAUCUUUAGAUGUUGCAGGGAGGGGCUUAGUUCUCUGGCCAGGAGUUGACUUCAGUGAAGGAGGCAGAGUUUAAAAAUAAAGCCAAAGAUGUACUAUUCUUCCCCCCACCUCUCUUUUUUUUUUGGAAAUAGUUUUGUUAUUUUGUAAAAGUUCAUAUAAAGUGUACAGCCUGCAGACACAGAAUGCAUGAGGGAAAUAACACGACUCAAUCAAGAGCAGAGAAGGAAAAGAAAAGAAAAAGUACCCAGACUAUUGGUCAGUUCCAACAUAACCUUUCUACAAUGGGAAAUGAGUUGGGUGGCCCAUCUCUGCAUUGUUAUUAACAUAAGAAAUCAGUUGAAACCAAAUCUCACCAAAAUGGUCUUUUUUGGAAGCAUUCCUAAUCACCAGCAAUGAUGAGUAAGUCGUUCUGAAAGAGCGAUAUUCCGUACAUUGCGAAACCAGGAACCUUGGGAAGGACAUAUCCCACCCCCACCCCCACCCCCUUUCGUUCACUGUGAGCCUCUUUAUUAUUACCUUGGGCUGGCUUUGGAUUUUAUUGGCACUGAGAUCCAGCAACGCUGUCUCCAGUUGAGUGGAAAUAACCCAUGUCACAUGGAGCAAACAUUUCACUAUGUGCUAACGUUUCACUGACUUUAUAGGUAACAAAAGUGCUUUAUUGCUUUGCCCAACCAGUUUCUAAGACCUACCCUGCUGGAAGGAAGUGUAUUUCACUGUGCUUCCUUUUCAUAAAGUGGCUUUCAUCCAGAAUUCAUACCCGUCCGAGAGGAAUAGCCAAAGUAAGCUGAAUUUAUCUGGACCCCCCCCCCUUUGUUCCUUGUAAGAGGCUUACAGUACAAUCCUAUACAAUCAACAGAGAACUAAGCCUCAUUCCAUGGGACUUACUCCCAGGUACAUAUGUAUAGGACUGAAAUCUUAGUCUAGACUGAAGUCGAUAGAAGGAAGGUCGAUGAAGGUCUAUAGGCUGAGGAUCCCCCCCUUCCCACUGCCGGCACCUAUGCCCCGCCCCCUGCAAAAGCCUCUCCAGAGGGCUGCCCUGUGAACAAUAGGGUGGGGCACAGGGGCUGCUGCAGGGAGGAGAGGGUUCCCAAAAUUGGGAAGAGCAUGCUCCACUUCGUAUUGUUCAGGAGGAGCCCCAUUUCUUUCCAUAGAGGCUUUGGGGGGGUGGGGUUAGUCAGGUGAAUGCAUCAGGGAAGAGGGAACAGGCAAAUUUAUUUCCAUGAACUGCUUCAAGUUAACAUAUCACAGGAUCCAACACAAUAUUCCUUUCUAAAGUUUCAUACUGUUGUAGCGAAUGUGUUGGAUCGCCUGCUACAAAGUAGACUUGUUCAUCCCACUUGUGGUCUACUGCUAAAAUGGCCUGGUUGGCAGUUGUUCGGGUGUGUAGGAAAUACUACAUGUCCUUCCAUGGAUGCCGUAUUUAGGGGUGUGAAAGUUCUGGUUCAGUGACAAAACACCAAUUCUGGCAUUUUCUUUUGCUUCAAAGAUAGGAGUCAACCCGACCAGCGUUGACCUAGUGGAUAUUGGCAAGGACCAGGAAAUUAAACUGAAGCCAGGACAAAUUCUCCAUAUCGUCAACAAUCUGUACCCGUACACCGUGCAAUUCUCGGAGGAAAUGGGGGCUUGUGGUGGUAAGGAGACGGUGGAGCCUAAAGGGGGGAAAAGACCACAGGAUGAACUUGAGACUGGUGGCAUGGAAAGUAUGCCAGGCAAACACGCAAAAAUGGAGCAAAUGGCCCCUCAAGUCUGCGAUUCCAGCUACAGCAGUAGUUCUGUUUCUUCAAGUGGAAGCUCUGUCAACAAAAAGGUGAGCCAGGAAAUAUUAGUGGUAACUCCUGUUGUAGCACAAGUGGAUGGGUGAAGCCGGUGAAGCUCUCCUUUCACUGCAGGACCCGAGCGGUAGGUGAGAUAACAUUAGGGCCUUAUCUACAUUACAGGCUUAAAUUGGUGCAAUGGUCGUUUCCUGCUCUCUCCUUGGAGUUGCACUUCAAUGAAGUGGAAUUAAAGGCUUCUCAGCAUCCUCGCCCAAGCAGUUCCUAUAAAUCUUUGAGGGGAGAUAUAACACUGUGACGGGUAUAAUAACCAUGUUGAUGUGUCGGCAAUGUAGAUCUUAGUACAGUCACACCUUGGGUUACAGACGCUUCGGGUUGCGUGAUUUCAGGUUGCACACCGCACCGAACCCGGAAGUACCAGAACGGGUUACUUCCGGGUUGCGGCGCAUGCACAGAAGCGCUAAAUCGUGCUUUGCACAUGCGCUGAAUCGCGACCCGCGCAUGCGCAGACGCGGUGCUGUGGAUUGCGGACGUGCUUCCCGCACGGAUCACGUUCGCAACCCGAGCGUCCACUGUAGGGGCAAAGGCUGUGCAAGACCUUGAUACUGGGGCUUGACUUUUGGGUUUGCAGGGCAGGUGUAGAACAUUGAGUCCAGCAAUGUGUGGAGGGCCAUAGGUUCCACACCCAGGACCCUGACAUCGUGAAACGGGGGCAGACAGAACGCACCAUCUGAGUUUCUGCUAAUCUUCAUCAAAGUACUGCUGCAUUUUGGACUAUUUGCCUACUACUGUUGCUCCCAGGAACGACCUGAGAGUUACAAAUAUGUUGGCAUUCAGUGCUCUUUCAGAAUGCAGCCAGAACCACAAGUGUCUCCUACAGCUAUUUUAGCUAUGUGACUUGGCUCUUUUAGGCUGCAGUCUUAAGCAUACUUAACUAGGAAGUGUGUCCCAUUGAACAUUUCCAGACUCAUUUUAUCAGAGUUCCUGUGUUUUGUCCCGUAGGCAUGUUUGGAGUACUGGGCUCAAGGUCUGAAGGUCUCCAUGCAAAACCCAGAUAUGCAGGUAAGGAUCUCAUUCCUAACUUGGGUCACCGUGGUGCCUGAGGAUAUAUGCUCCAUGAUAGCAAAAUCAGUGCAAGACUGUAGGACUUCUGUGUUUCUCUGCUAGGUCUACAAGGAUGAAAAGGCUGUAGUUAUAAAGGACAAGUAUCCGAAAGCUCGCUAUCACUGGUUAGUGCUGCCGUGGCAAUCCAUCUCUACCUUGAGUAAAGUAAAUCAGGAGCAUCUCGAACUUCUGGAGCACAUGCAUGCCCUUGGAGAGAAGGUCAUCCAGCAGUGCCCUGAAAAAGACAGCUUGCACUUCAGACUGGGCUACCAUGCCAUUCCCAGCAUGAGGUAAUCCAUAAUUGUGUUCAGACUGGGUUGUGCCCUGUUGGUUCAGGGCGAAGGUCCAUUGUCAUGGACCGGCUGGAUGCAGAGGAGUGGUGGGAGGAAUCAGCUGGAGGGAAGAAGACUCGGAACCAGGGGAUUGGUGGUGGGAUGACAAGGAGUAGUCAGAGGGAGAAGAGGGAGCAGACUGAGAGGAGGAGGUGUCGGAAGCUGAAGAGGUAACAGGGUUUAGUGAGCAGGAAGAGGCUGUGCCAGAAAGCAGCCCAGAAGCAGAGGCUGGAGAGGGGUGAGGCUAAAAGACAGAGAUAAGGCAGACAGCUGAAGAAGCCAGGGGGUCUCCCCCUCCUGCUGUGAUCAGCUCCUCUCCUUCCUGGUCUCCCAGUACUAGGAGAGGUAUGAAGAGAUUAGAGCAAAGAGAGACUUGGGAAGGACCUAGGGGAGCAGGAGAUUUAGGGAACUAUGGUAAGGUUACCAGACUUUUUUCAAUAAAUCUGGGGACACUUUCAACUUCUUACUAGUUGAAGCAACACCCUAGUGGUCCCGGGCCCUAAGGAAGUUAGAUUGGCUUCAACCAGAGCCAGGGCCUUUUCAACUCUGGCUCCGGCCUGGUGGAACGCUCUGUCUCAUGAGACCGGGGCCCUGCAGGAUCUGAUUUCUUUCCGCAGGGCCUGUAAGACAGAGUUGUUCUGCCUGGCUUUUGGCUUGGAAUUAACUUGAUCCGCUCCCCCUCUUUCUUUUUCCUUUUCCUUCUGUGAUGGAACUCCUACUAAGGGACUUCCCUGACUUUUUUUCUGGCCCACGUAGGACCAGUCUGGAUAGUUAGCCUUGGUGAAGACGUUUUCAUCCCCCAAAAGGUUUUUGAGUUUCUGCUGAAACGAGGCUGCAUUUUAAUGUUGUAUUUUAAUCUUGUUUUUUAAGUUGUAUUUCAAUCAAUAGUUUUAUAUUUGGUGUUAGCCGCCCUGAGCCCGGUCUUGGCUGGGGAGGGUGGGGUAUAAAUAAAAAUUAUUAUUAUUACUAUUAAUAGAUGGAUUUUGUCAGGGGACUGAUUUGUAAAUCUGGGGACUGCCCCCGGGGAACAGGGACAUCUGGUAACCUUCAGGUAUGGGAAAGUGGGGACCUUCAGUCCCCACAACUGCCUCAUAGGGGCAAGAUCUACUGGGACGAGUUGCUGGGCUCAUUAGGCCUGGCUUACUGAGUUGGCCUUGUUUACCUUGAAUAAAGAGUUAACUUCCCUGAUGCCGUGUGAGUUAUUGCUGACCCUCCCCUGCUGCCCAUCUGGUUCAGCAUCCUGUUCUCACAGUGGCCAACUAGAUGCCCUUGGGAAGCCUGAAAGCAGGACAGGAAUGAUAGAGCGCUCUUUCAUGCUGCCUAGCAGCUUGUAUUCACUGGAGGUAGUAAGGUAAAGGGACCCCUUACUGUUAGGCCCAGUCGUGGCUGAGUCUGGGGUUGCGGUGCUCAUCUCACUUUAUUGGCUGAGGGAGCCAACGUACAGCUUCUGGGUCAUGUGGCCAGCAUGACUAGGCCGCUUCUGGCGAACCAGAGCAGCGCACGGAAAUUCUGUUUACCUUCCCACUGGAGCGGUACCUAUUUAUCUACUUGCACUUUGACAUGCUUUUGAACUGCUAGGUUGGCAGGAGCAGGGACCAAGCAACAGGAGCUCACCCCGUCGCAGGGGUUCGAACCGCCGACCUUCUGAUCGGCAAGUCGUAGGCUCUGUGGUUUAACCCACAGCGCCACCCGCAUCCCAUACUGGAGGUAGUACACAGCCACAAACACCAGGGCUCCCCAGGCACAGACCCUGGAGACAACUGGGGGUGGAAUUCAGCGUAGUGGAGCCUGCAAGCAGUGAACAAGGUCCACUCUCCCAAGAUGACUUCUCCCUCUCCUCCCCUUGCAAGUCCCCCAGGGUUUUCCCCAACUCUCAAGAGCAGAUUUAGAGGGUGCAAGGGGGGAGGUGAAGGAGGUGGGAAUCCCAUGGCAAGUGGACUUUGAUCCUCUCACCCAGCAACUUGGUUAAAUCCCAUUCUGUAAAUUUAAUUCUGGCAACUGGCAGGUGCCCAACACGCUCUCCCAGGUGCCCACUGGAGAGAAUGCCUGCCUCCCCUGUGGACGCUUGCUCCCUCCUGCAGAUUUGGUGCAUAACAGAGGGGUUGUGUAGCACAUGGCUGGUUUCUUUCUUUGCCCCAUACGUGUCCACAGUAAGGAAGCUGCAAACGAUGAAAAAUAAUGGUUGGCUCCGGCAACACACCAGAGUUUGUCAACCCUUGAGAAUGCUUGUGCAAAAGCUGUGUUUCUGCCACUGCUGCUAUUUUGGAUCCCGCACGUUCCACAAGUUUACAGGCCAGAUUUAGCCCACUCACUGUUUCUCUAUUUCUGUUCUAAAUUUGUGAAGUGGGAGUAGAAGUGACUUAUUUCAGAAGGCUGCAGUGACAACACACAGCAUAAUUAAAGUAUGCUUGCCAUAAGGCAUUCUGCACAUUACGGCAAGCUCUAAAAGUGCUUAAUUGUAAUCAUUAGGUCUGUUGGUCAAUUAAGGAUUUGUUUAUUUUUCAGUUGAGAAGUAAUCUUGUUUUAUAACCGGAUUAACUUGUUUGUUAAUUGACUAAAUCAGUUUGUGGAGUACCAAAACCUCAGUUAUAGGUGCUUUUUGAAAUAUGUAAGUAUGAGAUGCUGUAAACAAAUUUCCUACCUUUUGUUAAAAGGAAAAGCCAUCUUUAAUAAUUUGUUCAUUACCUGUUACAGCAACAUAUAACACACAUCCUUGUUGCGUUGUUUUCUCAGCCAGCUGCAUCUUCAUGUCAUCAGCCAAGAUUUUGAUUCCCCGUGCUUCAAAACCAAGAAGCACUGGAACUCUUUUACAACAGAGUACUUCAUAGACUCCAAAGGUAAAAAAAAACAAAAAAACCCUGAGCCAUCUCUUCUAAAAUUACUCUUUAUUUGUGAGUGUCUAUUUGUCUGUCUUUGGACUUUGUUUUCUCCAAAAAACCUAGCCAUGACCGCAUCUUUCACAUGCAGAUUAAGCAGGUGGGAGGCAUGCAGGUGUCGUGAACUGAACCCUCCCCUCCAGGUACCGUAUUUUUCGUUCUAUAAGACGCACAUAGUUUUUGGAGGAGGAAAAGCAAGAAAAAAAAUAUUCUCAAUCUCAGAAGGCAGAACAGCAAGAGGGAUCACUGCGCAGUGAAAGCAGCAAUCCCUCUUGCUGUUCUGGCUUCUGGGAUAGCUGCGCAGCCUGCACUCGCUCCAUAAGACGCACACACAUUUCCCCUUACUUUUUAGGAGGGAAAAAGUGAGUCUUAUAGAGCAAAAAAUACGGUACUUUCUCCACAGCUCUGCUCCGAUACUACAACUGAACUGGCCUAGGACAAAAGGGAAGAGACCUCUCAAACACCUGCCUCUUAAGAUAGCCACAACCUCCUCGUUUUAUAUGUGAAUAGGCCGGGCAGGAUUAAACAAAUGUGGCUGCAGCUAUCGUGUCAAUUUAGCCCGUAUUGCAGGAUUAUUCUAAAACAAGUUUCCUGGAUGAUCCCUUCACAUUUUCAUAUGCAUGCAGCUGUAGUAAUGACUCUAGGGUAAGCGUGGAGAACCUUUGACACUCCAGAUGUUGCUGGACUACAGCUCCCUUGACUGCUAGCUCAAGGUCAUGCUUGCUAGGGCUGAUGGGAGUUGUAGUUCAGCAAUAUCUGGAGGGCAAAAGUUCUCCACUCCUGUUCUAGGGGGGCAUGUUGUUUAGUCAAUUAGCCGUGUCCGACUCUUUGUGACCCCAUGGACCAGAGCACGCCAGGCACUCCUGUCCUCCACUGCCUCCCGCAGUUUGGUCAAACUCAUGCUGGUAGCUUCGAGAACACUGCCCAACCAUCUCGUCCUCUGUCGUCCCCUUCUCCUUGUGCCCUCAAUCUGCUCCUUUUUCCUUAUGGGGUAUCCAAGCUUAUAGAGUCCUUAAGUGGGUUCCCUAUUGGUAGGAGAAAAUAACAGAGGCCAACCAGGGAAUACUGGGAAGCAAAGCAGCUAGUAAGCCUGAUCUUUAUUAAAACUGUUGCAACACGGUCCUCACUCACCAUACGCAGGAGGGAGGAGGAACCCAGAACAAUGACAUGCAAGCUCUUAUCUAGACUUUUGAAAUUGCCCACCCUGUAGUUCAAGACCACCCCCAAAACAACAUACAUACAUCACUGAAGGAGGCGGUCUACAACAGAAAUCCUGUCUGCCAGGAUACCUGACAAUGGCCAGUGAUUGCUUACUUGGGCAGCCUGGCCAUCUUUCGUGAUGGUAAUUACUUUAAUUCCUGAAUCCAGGUCACAGGCUCACCCUAUUAACACACAAAGAUGUCCUACAGACAGGUAAGCAAAAGACAAUGGAGAGGUUUUCCCAUUUCCUUCCUCCUUGCAGAGAAACAUUUGAAGUCAAUUUGGGAGAGUCAAAAUGGUUUCAGGAUUGUUCUCCUGUACUAUUUCAGACACGUGGUUUACAUAUGUAUGUGUUUGCCUUGUAAAUUGAUGAGCAUUUAAUUUAUACAUUUGAGACCUUAAAUUAUUAUAACAAUCAAGCAGCUGUUUGCACCAGCGGAAUGUCAUAAGAGGGAAUCAAUUCCCUCCCAUUCAGAGCUAAGCGUUGGCACAUGUUUCCUAACUUUAACAAAACAGAUGUGGCCGAACCUGUAAUCUCAAAUAAAACAUGUCUGUCUGUCUCUCCUCUCCCCCACCCGAAUUUCCAGAUCUGAUUGCGAUGGUGAAGAAGAAAGGGAGAGUAACUGUAGACAAGGACGUUGCCAAACUCCUGAACCUGCCUCUGAAGUGUCACGUGUGCAAACGGCAGCAACCCAAUAUCCCCCAGUUAAAAGAGCACCUGAAGGAACAUUGGCCAAAAUAAGAUGAAGAACUGCUCUUCUGAUCCGCUUGCUACAUUCUACUGAUUGUUGGGUUAACCGAAUCCCAAAGUUGACAUGCUCAUUUUAAUUUAAAGUCCAUACCAAGUUGCUUAUUAAAAUGCCCACAAAGGCGCAAGUAUUUAGAAUGGCCGAGCCUGCUUUAGUGUGACAGAUUGUGGCGCGGCCUGGGG